AUGCUUGAAGCAGUAGCUUCAUACGAUAGGUGGAUCUGGCAUGCUUUUUUCGGCACAACUGGUUCGAACAACGAUAUAAAUGUUCAGAACCAGUCGCCUUUAUUUAGGGAAAUCAUUGAAGAUCGUGCACCAGAUAGCUCGUUCACUGUUAAUGGCACUCACUACAAAAAGGAUGAGAAGCGAAAAAAAUUUAAAAAGUUUCAAGAAAGUGCCCGGAAGGAUGUCGAGCGUGCCUUUGGAGGGCUUCAAAACUCAUGGCACAUUCUAACCCAACCAGCAAGAUCAAAAAGCGUGAAUCGGAUCACUCGAACAAUGUACGCAUGUGUUAUAUUGCAUAACAUGAAGGUUGAAGACGCGGGGUACGCCAUAAGCUCACUUGAGGAUGGAGACGACAUUGAUCCAAUCGUUUUACCGGAGCGUACGUUCGAGGAAAGGAUUGCACUUCACCAACAUACCGGCAAGGAGCUUCGAGAUCGCACUGUGCAUCAUGCUCUUCGUCAUGAUCUUACGGAGCAUGUAUGGCGCCUCCCAGCUUAA